CCCCAAUCAACCAAAUAAAAUCAAAAUCAAACGAUUACUACAAUAACGAGGAGAAGAGAAAGAAGAGGAGGAGAGAGAAGACUAAGGGAGAGAAUCGGCGGAGCUGUAGAUCGGGUCGGAGUCGCGGCGGCCUCUUAAUUAGAAGCCUUGGUCUGGAAGCCCUGGCUAUACACUAUACAGACAUACACAGUCAGGGUGUUUGAACAAGUGUACGAGUUAUGUCAACAUCAUCAUCAGAUACCGAAUUCGGAAAAUUGACUGCUGUCCAGAAAUCAAACAGGGACCACAUGUUGAAAAUAUUCAACAAUCUUGACAGCAACAAUCUUGUGGUGACAUACAUGCCAUCUCAUCGACCAAAAUCUGGUCGUGGUCUCACCCUUGAUUUGGUGUAUGCAGAAGAUGGUUUCAAUAUCCAUACAUUGACGCCCUCUGCACAUAACCAAACUCCUGACGAGAUUACUGUUCAAGGGAUUCGAACCACAAACGAAUUCAAUAUGAAACACCUCGAGCCUCCCAAGGUCAAUCCUGAACUCGAAGAAGAAUUGAAGAAAUAUUGGCGCUCUUUGCGGAAAGGAUGGUCAUAUAAGAGACAUCUAAAGUAUCAGGCCGAUAAGCAUCUCAAGUAUAAUCAGUUGCAAGACGAGGAUGUUUUUGAAGUUGGGCUGAUUCUUGGCAAGGAAUUGGUAUCUGAAGAGGGUAAAAAUUUUCUGAUGAGAAUUUUAGAAAAAUAUGAAUAUUAUGCUGGGCAGAUUUAUUCUUGCAGGAAAUUUAGUGAUGACCUUGAAAAAGAAAUUGGUGGAGUUAAGGUGACAUUUCGCCCUCAUCCUGAUGGACUUGCUUUGAGGAUAAAGUACCUCCACGAGAUACAUGUGUUGUACGAUAAAGAAGCAAAGCACAGAAUCUUAGGAAGCCGCCGACAGUCGUUUCAACAGAGUGAUGUUUUCUUGUUGGAAGAUCUCCGAGUGAGACGGAAGACUACUAUGUUUUCUUGUUAGUUUAUUAGUUUGUUAGUUCUUAUUUCAGACUUUCUGCCUAAAUCACUUUCAAGUGGUAUGUUGUUUAAGAGAACAUAAAAUUUGUUGGAUGUUAACUUGCUAUGUUUGGAUUUUUUUUCAAGAAAAUUACAAUUUCAA